AUGGGUUCCCAUUAUUUUGCACAGGCCCUGGCAAUGGUGCUAAUUGCUUCAAUGCUGGCAGUCGGCUUAGCCAAUAAGGAUUGGCAACAUGGCAACUACACUGGUUGGGGAUUCAACCAUGGCCUCAACGAGACCAAAGGACCCAACAAAAUCACUGUUGGUGGGUCAGAAAACUGGCAUUACGGAUUUGACUACAAACAAUGGGCCUGGAAGAAUGGCCCAUUUUACAUCAAUGACACUCUAGUUUUCAAGUAUGAUCCACCAAAUGACACCACACGUCCUCAUAGCGUGUACUUGUUCCAAAACCCUUGGAGCUUCAUGAAGUGUGAUUUAAGCCAAGCCAAGAUGGUGGGAAAACCGACACAAGGAGGCGGAGAAGGCUUUGAGUUUGUGCUCAAGAGGUGGCGGCCUUACUACUUCGCUUGCGGCGAGCACAACGGCCUCCAUUGUAAGGACGGGCUGAUGAGGUUCGUCGUCUUCCCAAUGUUUCGCGGCUGGCAUUACUGA